CUUCCGGGGAUGGGCCCCGGCUCCUCCCCGCUCGGGCGGGCGCUCCGCCGAGUCUCCGCCCGUCAGCCCUCCCGGCCCGGCUGGCCGCAGACCGUGCCAGGGCGGCCGCACUGGGAGCUCGCAGCCCGCGGGCGUCGGGAGGCGGGUCCCGGGCCGCGACCCGGCCCGGCGGAGCGAAGCCGGUGGCGGCACCAUGUUCUCGCUCAAGCCGCCCAGACCCACCUUCAGGUCCUACCUCCUGCCGCCCCCCCAGACUGACGAUAAGAUUAAUUCGGAACCGAAGAUUAAAAAACUGGAGCCAGUUCUUUUGCCAGGAGAAAUUGUCGUGAAUGAAGUCAAUUUUGUGAGAAAAUGCAUUGCUUCGGACACAAGUCAAUAUGAUUUGUGGGGAAAACUGAUAUGCAGUAACUUCAAAAUUUCCUUUAUUACGGAUGACCCAAUGCCAUUACAGAAAUUCCAUUACAGAAACCUUCUUCUUGGUGAACAUGAUGUCCCUUUAACAUGUAUUGAGCAAAUAGUCACAGUAAAUGACCACAAGAGGAAGCAGAAAGUCCUAGGCCCAAACCAGAAACUGAAAUUUAAUCCAACAGAAUUGAUUAUUUACUGUAAAGAUUUCAGAAUUGUCAGAUUUCGCUUUGAUGAAUCGGGUCCUGAAAGUGCCAAAAAGGUAUGCCUUGCAAUAGCUCAUUAUUCCCAGCCAACAGACCUCCAGCUACUCUUUGCAUUUGAAUAUGUUGGGAAAAAAUACCACAAUUCAGCCAGCAGCAUUAACGGAGUGCCCUCGGGAGGUGGGGGCGGCAGCCUGGGGAGCAACCAGAGAACCCCACUGUUUGAAACUUACUCGGACUGGGACAGAGAAGUGAAGAGGACAGGUGCCUCAGGGUGGAGAGUUUGCUCUAUUAACGAGGGCUACAUGAUAUCCACUUGCCUUCCAGAGUACUUUGUUGUGCCAAGCUCUUUAGCAGACCAAGAUCUAAAGAUCUUUUCCCAUUCUUUCAUUGGAAGAAGGAUGCCAUUCUGGUGCUGGAGCCACUCGAACGGCAGUGCUCUUGUGCGCAUGGCCCUCGUUAAAGAUGUGCUGCAGCAGAGGAGGGUUGACCAGAGGAUUUGUAAUGCGAUAACUAAAAGUCAUCCACAGAGAAGUGAUGUUUACAAAUCAGACUUGGAUAAGACUUUGCCCAAUAUCCAAGAAAUACAGGCGGCUUUUGUAAAACUUAAGCAACUAUGCGUUAAUGAACCAUUUGAAGAAACUGAAGAGAAAUGGCUGUCUUCACUGGAAAAUACACGGUGGUUAGAAUAUGUAAGGGCAUUCCUUAAACAUUCAGCAGAACUUGUGUACAUGCUGGAAAGCAAACGUCUGUCUGUAGUCCUACAAGAGGAGGAGGGAAGAGACUUGAGCUGCGUUGUAGCUUCUCUCAUUCAAGUGAUGCUGGAUCCCUAUUUUAGAACAAUUGCUGGAUUUCAGAGUCUGAUACAGAAAGAGUGGGUCAUGGCAGGAUACCCUUUCCUGGAUAGAUGCAACCACUUAAAGAGAUCGGAGAAGGAGGCUCCCCUGUUUCUGCUGUUCCUGGAUGCCGUGUGGCAGCUGCUAGAGCAGUACCCGGCAGCCUUUGAAUUCUCCGAGACCUACCUGGCCGUGCUGCAUGACAGCACCCGUGUGCCCCUGUUUGGCACUUUCCUCUUCAACUCCCCUCACCAGCGUGUGAAGCAGAGCACAGAAUUUGCUAUAAGCAAAAAUAUCCAGUUGGGUGAUGAAAAGGGUUUAAAAUUCCCCUCAGUUUGGGACUGGUCUCUUCAGUUUACAGCAAAGGAUUGCACCCUUUUCCAUAACCCCUUGUACAUUGGAAAGAGCACACCUUGUGUACAGAACGGUUCUGUGAAGUCUUUUAAACGGACAAAGAAAAGCUACAGCUCCACGCUAAGAGGAAUGCCAGCUUCCUUAAAGAAUGGAGUCAUCAGUGACCAAGAGUUCCUUCCAAGGAGAAACUCACUGAUACUAAAAAUGAAGCCAGAGCCUCCUCAGCACAGUGACAGCCAGGACAGGGGCAUGGAGCAGUUCUUCAGAGAGUGGUUUUCCAGCCCUGUGGACCUGCACGGGGUAAUUCUGCCGCGUCUCUCUGGAGCAUACAUAAAGCUGUGGAAACUGUGCUACUUCCGCUGGGUCCCAGAGGCCCAGAUCCAUCAAGGGGGCUUCAUCACGGCCUUCCACAAGCUGUCGCUGCUGGCAGACGAGGUGGAUGUGCUCAGCAGGACACUGCGGCAACACCGGGGCCUCCUGGACACCCGCUGUGCCGAGCCAGACCAAGGCAGGAUGUACUUCCGCUCCAGCGGUCCACACGACACUUCGGGGACACCGGACUUUCUCUCCUCCUCCUUUCCCUUUUCCCCAGUAGGCAAUCUGUGCAGGCGAAGCAUUUUAGGAACGCCAUUAAGCAAAUUUUUAAGUGGGGCCAAAAUAUGGUUAUCUACUGAGACACUAGCGAAUGAAGACUAAAACGUAGUAUUUUUUUCUGAGGGAGCUAGAAACACUUUCCUCUGGAUUAAAAUUGCCAACCUAGGCAUUUGAAGCUCUAGUAAUUUUCUAUUAAGAGUAACACUUGAAAUUUGCACUAACAGGUAAAAACAUGUUGAUUUAUGCUUCCUUCACAGUAUUUUUAAAAGAUAGGCAUAAAUUUUGUUAUUUAUGUCCCUGUCCUGUCAUUCUGUCUGGCUCAUUUAUAGGUCUUUUGCAAGCAGACAUCCCCACAGUCUUAUAUUAUUGUCGUCAAGCUAAUCAGGUUUUGUCUGUGACAUGUUUUGUCCACAUCCAUUUUCCCAGCCACCUCCCACAGGCUCCCUGAUCAUCAGUGGCCUUAGCAACGCUGAGAAGCAAGCAGUAGGAAAAUGAGGAAAUCAGUGCUUACUAUAUUUUCAAGAAGCAGCCACCAAAACCCCAGGUAUUUGUGUAUUUUUCUGGUUGCGCUCUAUUAUCUAACUAAGCACACCUGAGAGUUGUGUGUUCCAAGACCAUAAUUUAUUUUAGAUCACUGUGUUUGGGACCGCAGAUCACUGUGUUUUUAAAUCAUGAGUUUGCUUUUAACUUCAUAGGACUAACUUUAAAUUGAUAUGCACUGCUGACUUUAAAAGCAUUUGCUGUAGAUUAAGUGCCUUUGACAUUAAUAUUAAGAUAUAAAUACCACAGAGUAAAAUAGAAUUUGUCUUUAAGGUAGAGCCCCACUGCACAUUGGAAAGAGGCUAUUCACACUCAGCUUCGUACCAACAGCCAGGAGUCCCCAAAGCCACAUGUCCCUCUGGAAGUCACCAGGACACAUCAGCUGUACAGGGGGUGGUCGGUGUUGGUGCAGCAGCAUUGCUGAAACCCACCCUCAAAAACAGAGGCCCCAUCAGUAGUUCGAUAUGGUGAACUCUUGUUGGAAAUUUCCCUUGGAAAUAAGCAAUGAGGUCAAGAGUCAGGUCACUCGCCCAGAAGCCCCUCCCUCCCGCAGACAGGGCACUUAAUGCUUAGGAAGAAAGAAAAGGAGAAUAAAAAUGGACUUGUCUCAAAAUACUGCCAUUUCAGUGAACAGCGAUAGCAUCCCAUCAUGCCCAACCUUUGACAACAGGAUUAAGAGGAGUCUGAGUAGCAGACAGAAAAGUGUUCUUGGUCUAAAACUCCCAUUUUUAGAUGGAGGGAUGAGAGCCGAGCCAAAAGCUGUGGGGUUAAAGCUUAAGCCUGUCAUGGCUGUAACGUUUACAACAUUUCCCCCAACACCCCUCGAUCCCUAUUUAAAAGAUGGAUUUUUAAACUAUGGCUGUUAUUUAGAGUUUCUUAAACUGCCAUCUUAAGCUUUUAAAAAAAUUUUUUAUAAUUAAGUUCUAGUUAGCUUAUGUCCCUUUCCAAAAACAACAAGUUUUUUCAAAACUGUUUUACCUUCACAUGUAACAAGUAGCUGUUUUCAUUUGAAUUGUUUGCCUUUUAAAAAUUGUUGAAUAAUGUCUCUGAAUUUAAAGAGACAGAAGUUCCUAUACAGUGUCUUAGAAACUUACCUUGUGGAUAAACCCAAUGUUUUUGCCAACUUGCCUAGAAAAUGAGGGCUUUUUUCAGUUUAUAUAAAUAGCAUUAUUGCCAUUAAACACUUUAUAGUCCUUGAUUGGAAACCAGCUCUAGUCCCCUUAAAACCCCACAGUAUAUCCUGCCACUGAAGGUAUAGUAAAUCUUCUCCCUUUUUCAUCAGGCUGCCUUUUUAUUAUUAUAAAUUGUUCUAAAUCGAUUAUGUUUUUUCAGGUUGAGCAUUUAUUUCUCAAUAGCUUUCUUCCCUCACACAUUUAUUUCAACCCCUUUAGUAAUUUUUUUCUAACUUGCAAGUUUAAAAAGGAUUAGGUACUAUUAAAACUGUUUUAAAAUAGAAAAUGUGCAUAUUUUUGUAUGAGAAUUGAAUGUAGUAAAAUAGUUUUAUUUUUGCUGAACAGUUGUUGUAUCAUGAUUAUUGUGCCACAAUUUAUCGUGCAUAAUAUGAAAAACAACUAUAACAGCCUUAAGCCCUGGCCCCAGCAAAGCUGCCUGGCCCCUCUGCCAGCACAGAGGGUGAGUGGGGACAGGGUCCGAAAGCAGUUACAGACGCUGCCCCAGAGAGCCCAACGCCACAGCCCCCUGCAAAGCCUGUGCUGACAGCAGGCCACACAAAUGUCAGGUAGCUUUGGACUUUCUAGGAUCAACUCAAAGAUGUACAGUGUCUUACUGGUUGUUUUGUGAUAGAAACCAAUUUUAAAACCAAAAAUACCUAACUUUAUUUAAGAAAGUGUAUUAAUUUGUGCUAACAGAGGGUGAAAAUUAUUCAGUGCAUAUACUUCAACAAAAUCAGCUUGCUGUAGCAGUAACCUCAAGUAGUUAAAAACUUGAUUUUGAGAGAUUGAGGGACCUGAGUUAAAGAUGAGCAGGAAGAUGAGAGAUCUUGUUGUUCAGCAGUGAUGAAUGUGAAGGAUGUUUUGACUGCGAAUAAAAUGUCCACAGAAA